CGUUUGCUAAGUGUAAAUAGAAAAAGCAAGAAGAGCGACACAGCGUUUUUAUUUUCGCCACAGAACAAAGUCUAAAGGGAAGAGAGAGGCACUUAAAUUUCAGGAGAAAUGACCUCCCAGGUACGGCUGAGGCUUCUUCCUAGUGCCAGGUGCUUAUACGACGAUCCCAUUCAUGUCAAGGUAGCUGGGCUGAAGUCAAGACAGCUGGUUGUCUUGAAGGCACAAUCAAUCGACGACAAGGGAGUGUUAUUCAACUCCUCUGCCGUCUACAGGGCUGAUGGGAAUGGAGAGAUUGACCUGGAGAGGGACCCCUCACUCAGAGGUAGCUACACUGGGGUUGAGCCAAUGGGUCUGCUGUGGUCGCUUAGGGCUGACACCAUGCACACCAAAUUUCACAAGAGCCAUGCUGAAAAGCCGCAUUUCGUCAAGUUCUCCGUGCUAGAGGAAGAGGGGCUGGGCACGGCACUGGCGGAGAUCACUAAUGAGAGGCAGCUGCUUGCAGACGGGGUCAGCCGGCUUUAUGUUAAAACAGGGAAUAUACGUGGAGUUCUGUUUACACCCCCUGGUGAAGGACCAUUUCCUGCUGUGCUGGACCUGUAUACCUUUGGUGGUGGUCUGUCUGAGAGGCGAGCAUGUCUUCUGGCUAACCGGGGGUUUGUGGUCCUGACUGUAGCAUUGUAUGGCCACGAUGACCUUCCCAAGAAGGUCCAAGAGCUCCAUCUGGACUAUUUUGAGGAAGCAAUAGAGUUUUUAAGAAAUGCACCUAAGGUUUGCGGUAAUAGAGUUGGUGUGAUCUCGCUGUCAAAGAGUGGAGAUCUUGCGCUUUCUAUCGCCACCUACCUGUCACACGUUGCAGCAACCGUGUGGAUCAACGGCUGCAAUGCUAACGUAGCCCUUCCUCUCUACUACAGGAAAAGACAAAUCCUCGCUGCCUUAAUGUUUGACAUCAGCAGGAUUGUAACCACAGAGUCUGGCGCUUUGAACAUAAAGGAUGGCAUUAACAAUCCCAUGGCAGAGGAGAACAAGGACACCCUGAUCCCCAUCGAGCAAGCCAUGGGGCGCUUCCUAUUCGUGGCCGCAGCAGACGAUCUCAACUGGGACAGCUGUGCCUUUGUGAACCAGAUGGUGAAGAGACUGAAACUUCACGGGAAGGACAACUUCGAGAGCAUUUUUUACCCUGCCUCAGGGCAUUAUUUGGAGCCACCCUAUGGACCCUACUGCCCCUCCAGUUUUCAUGGGGUAGUUGGCAAGCCUACCUUGUGGGGAGGCGAACCCAGAUCCCACGCAGCGGCAGAGAUCCAUCUCUGGAGAAAGAUCCAGGAGUUCUUCAAGAUGCACCUGAUCAGCGAUGCUGCUGUCACCAAAGCCAUGCUAUAGGGGGAAACGAGGAAAAGGGUUUUUUUUCCCCCCUAAAGAUGGCUUCUUCAAUGUGGAGCUCCCAAUUACUGUCCUGCACUGAUGUCUUGGCCAACAAUUUAUGAUUGCAGGCCAUGAUUUGUAAUUUAAAAUAUUUCGGUUGUUUAAUCUUGAGCAAAGCCGGCAUAUUAAAAUUUUGGGAUAGUGCGAAACUCUGAAUUUAAGUUGAACACAUCCCAAAUUGUCAAUAUGUGUUGACUGGCAAAUUUAUGUUGUGUUUGGCUGUUGGCAGGUUUUAAUUGCUCACAAUGGAAAGGCCAUCAGGAAAUGAGCCUGUGAGGCACCUUUACAUUUGCAGAUCUGGAGAACUUCACCAUAAUUGCCUUUUGGGUUUUAUGACACAAGAGAAAAUAUUUUCUUAAAUUUUAUGUUCAAGUUAAAUAUAAAAGUGCCUUUUUUAAUUUUGUGUUCCGUUCAUGUUUUCAAAGUGAACAACCUUGCUAGUCUGGUAUGUGAAGACUUGACAAGUAAAACUGAUUAAGUCAAACAAAACUGAGCUUUUUAAAGUGAUUUGUAUUUUGAUUCAAAUGAGUAAUGAGAUAUGAAUGUAAUGUAUUUUAGUGAUUCCUCUGUAAUUUCUUUAAUUUUUCUGCUAAUUGAUGCUGCCUUUGAAGUAAUAUCACUUAUUAACGUGCUACUUGUACUUAACUGUCUUUACAUUGGCUUUACAUCUGAUUUCCAUUUCCUUAGAAACCUUUAGUCCUCUAAAUUGUUAUUCUAAUACAAGAUUACUAAUGUGGGAAAAUAGUGUCAAUCUAGAUAUGUAAAUUAGGGGGUUGACCGUGUGAUCUAUCAAAGAAUAACUUGCAUAACUGAGAGCCCAUAGAUUAAAUUCCAACAGCCAAUUUUCCCUUUAACGAUUGUGUGUAGUGUCAAAGUGCCCAUGAGCAAGAAGUUACUGAACCCCCACCUGCUCCCUCACUGGACGUGUGUCCGAAUUAGCCUAUCAGCUAAGUGCGUGUGACUUCUGAUCUCCUUGGUACCCACCUGACUGCUUCUCGUUUUCCCUUUCUCUUGCGCUUUUUCCCCCUUUCUGCCUUUUCUCUCUCUAAUUUCUCUCUUCCCUUCUCCGUUGUCUCUUGUUGGUUUCUCGUUUGUUUUUUAAUCUCAAUAUUUAGAUUUUCUAUUUCUGUUCUCUUACUCUCUUUCCCUUUCUGUCUCUUCCGUUUCCCAUUUUACUUCCUGUCUUUUUCUUCUGACCUCUAUCUCUUUUCAGUCCUCUCUCUUUAACACUUUUAUUUUCACUUUCAACUGUCAGAUUGUCCUUGAUUUUGAUGGCUCUCGACAGCUUCGGCAUUGACUCCAACACGUCACAUCAUUUAAAAUGGUGCCAGAGAUGCUUUGCCAUUUACAAGGUUCCCAGGGGUCAAAGAGGUCACAGCUUUUAGGAUACGGCACGUAUAAAAAGUCCACACAGCCUUUCAAAGUUUUCAUACUUGUUGCCUUGAAACCUGUAAUGAAAAUCCCAUUAAACCAUUUCGUUUCACUGCAAUUUGACUAUGGUGUCCAUCAAAACCAAAUGGCUGUCAUUUGUGUAUUUUUCAAAAAGGAUUUUUGAUAUCCACUGUUAUCCUCCAAACUCCAGGUUUCUUGUUUGGGUCUGUGUUUUCCAACAGAAGUCUGCUUGUGAGCUCAGCAUUGGGUAUUUGUGCUUGCUUGUAAUAUGAGAGAAUUGCUGACUGGUUGGAUGACCACAACUAUGGAACAUUGAAUGUGUUCUGAACCAGAUGACACCGUACCAUGUAGACUCAUGUCUGGCUGCAGCGUCCUGUAAUGCUGCAUAUGUGAGAUGCUGUGUAUGAUUUAUAGUCCAUAGCAUGUUUUACACUCUACAUCUGCAUGCAUCUAAUCUGCUCUAGCACAAAGGCAUCCAGCGAGGCCCUGUUGUCCUUGCACCAUGAGAGUCAAUACGUGCUGUGAAACUGUAUGUUGAAAUGUCCUUGCACCAGAAUGAUUGUAUGGAUUAAAUAUC